AUUUGUCUACGUUGUUGUUGCCUAGGGGGCUAGCGGUGGCGCUGUUCCUCCACGGCGCCAUCUAUCUCGCUGGUGCCAGGCAAUAGACUCCGAAUUGUCUUUCCCGUGCCGCUCGUGGCAGAACUGAUUCUAUAUAUCCAUUCCCCUGAACUUGUACAACAUGGCAGAGCUUGAAGACACUCAGUUCGAGUCAGGGGAUUCUGGAGCUUCAGCAACAUUUCCCAUGCAAUGCUCUGCUCUUCGCAAGAACGGUUUCGUCAUGUUGAAGGCAAGGCCUUGCAAGAUUGUUGAGAUGUCCACAUCCAAGACUGGCAAACAUGGCCACGCCAAGGUUCACAUGGUUGGUAUCGACAUUUUCAAUGGCAAGAAACUUGAAGAUAUUUGCCCUUCCACCCACAACAUGGAUGUCCCUGUUGUCAAGAGGGAGGAUUUCACUCUCAUUGACAUAUCUGGUGAUGGUUUUCUUUCAAUGAUGAAUGACAACGGAGAUUUGCGUGAAGAUCUCAAGGUUCCAGAAGGAGACUUGGGUAAUCAAAUCAGGACUGAUUUCGAAAACGGUCGCGAACUGCUGUGUACCGUUUUGAAAGCCUGCGGCGAAGAGUGUGUGAUUGCCGUUAAAGCCAACACAGCUGCCGAAAAGUAAUUCACACAAAUUUGUGAAGUUUCACUUCCAACUGGUUACCAAUAAAAAUGGAGAGAAACACAAAAAAAUAAACGGGAAACAGCUGUGGA